AUGUCGACUUAUGCAUUGCACCACAGCGCCUUGGAGCGUCGCAGGGUCAUGCUCCAGAAAUUGGGUGGGGAUGCCAAGCGCCGCGAAGCCAUUGAUAUUUUCUACAAGAAACAAAUGGAAGAUGAACGUCUAUUGAACUUUUUUGAAGGCACGGAUAUCGAAAUUAUCAAAUGGCACCAGUUCAACCUCAUGUCGAUUGCCUUUACGGCUGUCCCCAGAACCUUUGAUGUAUCUUCCUUGCUGUUGACUCGACACCGUUCGCUAUUUGACGCUGGACUCGACGAAUCUCAUUUUGACAUUGUCGCCAAACACUUUACGGACACGUUGGAGGAAAUGAACGUGGAUGCCGAAUUGAUAAAGGAAGCCCUGGAUGUAGUGACACCGCUGCGAAAUAUUUUUCAAGAGGGUGCUCGUCAAGCCAAGAAACGAAAGGAAACGGCAGAAUUCCGAGGACGUCUCAAAAAGCUAGCCUUUGUGGCCAUUGCGGCAGCGCUCAUGGUCCGAUAUGCGCGCAACAACAAAAAAUAA